CCGCGUGGAAGGCGUGGCCGCGGGAUACUGGUGGCAGCGACGCCGAGUCUGGGUGUACAGCGGGACGCGAUGGCUACGUGGGCCGAGCGGCUGGCGGGCGUGCGGGGAGUGCUGCUUGACAUCUCCGGCGUGCUGUAUGACAGCGGCACAGGCGGCGGAGCCGCCAUUGCGGGCUCCGUGGAGGCGGUGGCGAGACUGAAGCGGUCCCCGUUGAAGGUGAGGUUCUGCACCAAUGAGUCCCAGAAGUCCCGGAGAGAGCUGGUGGGGUUGCUUCAGCGGCUGGGAUUUGACAUCUCAGAAGGGGAGGUGACCGCCCCUGCACCAGCCACCUGCCAGAUCCUGAAGGAGCGAGGCCUGCGGCCACACCUGCUCAUCCAUGACGGGGUCCGCUCAGAAUUUGAUGACAUCGACAUGGCCAACCCAAACUGUGUCGUGAUUGCGGAUGCUGGUGAAGGCUUUUCCUAUGAGAACAUGAACAGAGCCUUCCGAGUGCUCAUGGAGCUGGAAAACCCCGUGCUCAUAUCCCUGGGAAAGGGACGCUACUACAAGGAGACCUCUGGCCUUAUGCUGGAUGUUGGAGCCUAUAUGAAGGCACUCGAGUAUGCCUGUGGUAUUGAGGCUGAAGUGGUCGGGAAACCUUCCCCUGAGUUCUUCAAGUCUGCCCUACAAGCCAUCGGGGUGGAAGCUCACCAGGCCAUCAUGAUCGGCGACGACAUCGUGGGUGAUGUUGGCGGCGCCCAGCAGUGUGGAAUGAGAGCGCUGCAGGUGCGGACCGGAAAGUUCAGCUGUCUCAUCUAUUCCCUCAGCCCUCGCCCUACCCCAGCCUCCUUGAGCACACUGCGCCCAUGUCACUUGGAGCCAUCUCUAUCCCUCUUCUGUUACUGUCUCAGACUCAGGUCCUAUUCCUCAGCUCCCUGGUCCCCCAAGGUGCCGGGCAUGUGGAUGAGUGAGUAAAAUACGUACCUAAGAACCUGCCGAGGAUGGGAAGACGGCUCAGCGGUUAAGAACACUUGCCUCACAAGCUUGAUGACCCCAGAAUUCACAGAAAGAGGUGGCAUGCACCCAUCUGUAAUCCCAGCAUUCCUAGGGUGAGGUGGGAGGUUGGAGACAGGAGAACCAGCCUGAGGCUGGGGAAACAGCUAGCCUCGGGCAUGCAGAGCUGAAACGAGGUGAAAGGGAAGGCAGGUGGGUGGAAGGGCGCACACAUGCGUGCAGCCUGGAUGUGGGGGUGAGCAGGCCUAGUGAGAUGGUGGACAACAGAGGCUGGGACUGAGCAGAGACCGUGGCCUUGCCAUGCUGAACACUGAGGUGGCCUGCUGCCUCUCCCGUCCCCAAAGCCCCUCUGCCAAAUCUUCUGCACAGUCAUUUGAUCUGUGAAACCAAAGUGCAUGCCAAAGGAAAGCGUGGGUCCUGGCCGGGCUGGUCAUUUUCACCUUGUCCAGAGCAUUCAGGUCUGGUUUUCGUAACUACUGCACACCCAGGGUUCUGUCGCUGGCUAAGAAGGAUGACUUCAUGUGCUUGAUGAAGCAUACAUAUGAAAGAAAAAAAAAAAAGCAUCUGGCAGAACAGGAGUGAAAACAUAGGUUUUCCAGAAAGUUAAAGAAACAAAUGUUAGGAGCUGGCAGAGCAUAAAGCGCCAGUGUGAGGUGUGAGGCAGCAGAGAGAUGAGGGGCGCAUGGGGAGGAGAGUCCAACCUCCUCAGCCCACCCCCGGGUACCAAACCCUACCCCAGGCCUCCCACAUGAUCUGCUCCAAGUUCCCCAGAUUCUACCCCAGGCUUCUCCUGUAGUCUAUGCCCAGACCCCCCAGAUCCCCUAAAUUCCCUAAAUCCCACUUCAGGCCUCUCCCAUGGUCUGCUUCUACAUUCUACCCCAGACCUACAGGGGCGCAGGGACCUCCGGAGUCCCCACUGUGCCUGCCCACACCAAAGUCUUUCCUCCUUGGACAGGGGACAAGCAAAGGACUGGAGGUAGAGUGGAGCUGGUCCGAGGUUUGGGGAUCCAAGUGUGGGCUCUACCCUGGAGGUAGAGUGGAGCUGGUCCGAGGUUUGGGGAUCCAAGUGUGGGAUCUACCCUGGAGGUAGAGUGGAGCUGGUCCAAGGUUUGGGGAUCCAAGUGUGGGAUCUACCCUGGAGGAGGAAGAGGCUGUCAUUGAUAGUCUGUCUUCCCAGCUCCUUUUCUGUCCCAUCCUUCCGGACUUCUGCCUCCACCCCAUCAGCUAGUGCCCGGGCAGAGUGCAGGACACCCACCACAGCCGAGUCUCAGUGUGCUAGUCAGUCCCAGGGUGGUCCACCCUGUAAGGGUGACUAAGAUUAAGCAGAUCUAGGCCUAGGCUUUGCAUCUUGUAGAUAAAGAAACCAAACAUCACGUCUACUGAGUACCAACCGCUGGGCAUUGACUGCCUUAUUUAGUACCUGGGCAGAGGGAAGCAUUACCCUCCCCAGUUUGAGUCCACAGAGAAGCCAUAGCUGCUGGACAGAGUGGGGUGGGGCUCUUUGCUGUGCCAGGAGAACUGGAUGGGCUGGUGGGUCUCUUGAUCCCAACCAUCACAAUCCGGGGGGCAGCCUCAAACUGUGUCCCCUGGAUGAAAACUAGCCCAGCCCGCUGGACGUAGGCAGCACCUCCCACCCCUAGUCCACCCAUCAGCCCUGUCCACCAGCCAAUCUUUUCUGUACAUCUCCUGGAAUGAACCCACCUUGAGAUUUUAUUGUUCUAGGGAAAUAGUAAUUAGCUUCAUAAAUGGUCACAUGACACUCUCCAGAGGUCAUUCCAGGGCCCCUAGGCUUCUGAGGCCUCAAGGCAGGCAGAAAGACCAGGUGGCGUGUCACCGGUAACCGUCACCAUCACUGUCUGGUCAAGUGGGACUAGGUUUUACCUCAUUACUCACAUGUGGGUGCAUAUACAUGAAGACGAACCACAUGUGUGUAUAUCCACAUACAGCUCCCUGCCUCCUCUUCAGUGAAAGGCAUUUCCUUAGGGUGGUGUCUCUCCCUCUCCCAGGAUACUGCCCUGCUCCCUCCCACACCACCGCUGUACUUAUUAUUCUGUGUGUGGUGAUUGGCCCCAGGUGCUGGGCUCCCUAAAAUGGGCCCAGGCCUUCUCAGUCACAGCCUGACAAAUGGAGAAUCCCUGGAUGCCCUGGUGAGGGAUGACAGAUGUCAUCAGGACUCCAGGAAUAGGCUACAUGGCUCUUACCCUUCUGCUUUUUCCGCAGUCCCCCAGACCCCUCCUGGAGGCCAGAAGAUGGCCGGUGCCCAGUGGAAGCCCAGAGGCCUCACCAGAGUGGCCUCUGCUCAGAACUUGGCCUCUAAGCCUUGAGGCAGGAGGCCAGCCCAUGCCCAAGUUACUCUUCCUCCUUUCAGCCAGGCUUCCAGGUUCCACUGACCUCCUGGCCUCAGUCAGAGGCUACCACCUCUACCCACCCAGGCCCCAGGGACAUCAGAAAACAUCCUAGGAACCUCUUGGGGGUGGUGCUGUAAGCCCCACCUGACAGGUGAGCAGAGCCCCCACCUGACAGAUGAGCAGAACUCAAGGCAUUAUUCAGCAUGGUUGAGGAAUGCCUCAGGUGCUGGGCACUGUGCAAGGCACGGGAACCCAACCAUGGGCAGGGUUUCUGCAGGCCCUAGAUGGUUACCAGGAUUCACAGUCAGGCCGCUCUGAUGGGAAGGGCCCUGGGGACUGAGGAAGCUGCAGGACAGCAGAGCCAUCGGGAAAGACAGACCUAAGUCUACCCCACCCCACUUGUGUGAUCUGUGACUUGUGUCCCAGGAACCUGGUGGAACAGACCAGAAGGAUCUGCUUAGAAGAGAAGCUUUCCCUAAUGAGGCCGGAGCCGCGCCUGUGUGGCCUGGUGCCCAGCAGCACUAACUGGGGCACUGCACUUCGGUUGUGGGCUUGAAGAAUGUUAGCACCACUAGGUACUGCCACCAUGCUGGUAUUGUCAUCCUCAGGAUGCCAGAGGUGUGGCAUGUGGACCAAGAAGGCUCCCAGGAGAGGGGUCACUCAGGCAGAGGCUUCUGUGGGUAAUCAAUGGGAAAUACUGGACACUUGAAGUUAAUGUGCCCAAGGGACCUUCCCCCCACCCUGCCCCCAGGGCUGUUCUGGUCACUGACAGUGUCAGCAGAAGGGUCUCCUACAGUAGGGUAGGCAAGGGGAUGGGCAAGACUGACCCUGUUAUCUCUCCUACCCUCCCCACCCCAUCCUGUCACGCCAGGGAGCUUGUCUACUACCCUCUUCUCCUGCUACCCCAGCUCUGGCAAAUGUGAGUCACUCCUGCACAGUCAGCUUCUGGGGAGGGAAACGCAGUACUGCCCUCCCUGAGCACCAGCCAGUCGCCCUCAGUUGUAUUCACACGGCGCCAAGCGGGGAAGACCGCACAUAGCACCUAUUCAUCCCUAGGCCUGGCACACCUUGAAAUCAGCAUUUCAGCACAGCCAGGAAAGAGGCCAAAGCGACAUCGUCGUAUUUCAACAUACUACUGCCCCACAGUUCCAGCCUCCCAGGGAUAGACAUGUGGGUGGACUCCAAGCUUUCAUUCUGUCUCAUUACACAUUUCAUGUAUAUAAUAAAGACAUACCACAAAAGAAAAAGAAAUCUAAAAAAAACUAUGCUAUAUCGUGAGCAGAGUUGUUGCAUUGUGCACGUGCACGCGCAUACACAAUAAUGGUGAUAAGUCAGUUGGCCUUAUGUAAUGGUUUGUCUGUACCAGGACAGCACAGCACUGCACAGUCGCUAUGGCUUUGUGGUUAGUUUUGAGGUUGGUGAGCAUGAGUCUUCCCACUUUGUUUUUUUUUUUCCCAAUUUUGCGUCUGGUUUGGGGCCUUUGCAAUUUUGUGUGAAUUUUAGAAUCAAGUUGUCGGUUUCUGUGAGUUCAGCUGGGAUUGUGUUGAGUCUGUAGCUUAAGUUGGGGGAUGUCACGGACUGAGUUGCCGUCACAAAACACCCAAGACUGAACUGUUUAUAAAGGAGAGAAAGAAGUCUCCUCGGUUCUGGAGGCAGGUAAAUCCAGUAUCAGUGCUGCCAGAUUCUCCUGAGGCUUGUUCUCUGCUUUCAAGAUGGCGCCCCUCCAUGUGCUAUCUUGCUAUUUUUAAAUUUUUCAUGUGUGUGUGUGUGUGUGUGUGUGUGUGUGUGUGUGUGUGUACACAUGACUGUGUGUGCAAGGGCAGACGCCCGAGAAGGACAUCAGGUGCCCUGCACCUCCACUCUCCACCCUAUUCCUCUGAGACAAGGGCUCUCACUGAACCUGGAGCUAUGCUGGCAUCCAAGAAGUCCCACUGAGUCCUUUCUCCACCCCCACAGCACCGAGGUCACAGGGGUGCACAGCUACAUCUAGCUUUUAAUGUGGGUGCUGGGGGUUCAAGUGCUCUUACUCACUGAGCUCUCUCUCCGGCCCCUAUUUUACCAUUUUUGAUGCGGUUAUACAUGGACUUGGAUCUCUGUUUGAUGUGUUUCUUUUUAAAAGAGACAGAAUAAUUUUGAAGUCUAUUCAUUGGUUUGGGGGAGGGGGUCCACGGGUGCCAGUGUACAUGUGGCGGUGAGAGGACAAACUUGCAGGAGUGGGUUCUCCUUUGUCAUGUGAGUCCUAGGGAUCAAACUCUGGUUGCCGGGCUUUGUGACAAGCCUUUAUUUACCCCCUGAGCCAUAUUACUCAUGGCUAAGGUAGCAAAUUAGUCACACAGGUCCCUGCCCCUCCUACACGUGGGGCUGCUGCUUUUCUGUGUAGGUGACGCAUAGAGAAGGAGGGGACAUCUGUGAGAUAAGCCAAUCCUCCCUGGUGGAGUAAGUGGACAGAGACCGGAAGUGAUCCUGGGGUCCUCCUUCCUGGCGUGGGGGCAGAAUUAAGGAAAACAAAUGGGCCUUAUCCCAAGACUUCAUCAGAUGUGAGUCAUGGUCAGUUCCAAAUAAGAGAUGAGCCACCCUCAAGGGCCUCCUAGAUUCAUGGGGAGAGAACAUAAAAUGGCCCUGCUGGACCUGAGGACAGAGUGCUGUCUCAGGGAUAGCGUUUGCCUGGCGACAUGGGAUCUAGCAGCAGCAGCACUUUAACUUGUGUUUGUGGAGAGGAUGAGAUUGUAGUCUUGCAGGGGAAGGGCAGCCCCCACCCCCGGCAGGCAGGGGGAAGGUCUGCAGAAGCC